AUGGGCUUCAAAGUAAUCAUUGUUGGCGGCGGCCUGUCCGGUCUUGGCCUGGCCCACUGCCUGACCAAGGCGGAAAUUGAUUUUAUCGUUCUGGAGCGGAGUGACCUGCUUGUUCCGAAAGGUGGAGCCUCAAUGGCUCUCUGGCCAAACAACGUGAGGCUCCUGGACCAGCUCGGAUUGCUGAAGGGAGCCGAGGAGAUCGACUGCGGAAUUAAGUUCAAACAGAACGUGCGAAGAGAUGGGUCUGUACUGCAGAAGAGCAACAUGAUGGAGAGAGUCGGCGUCGCGCCGAAGCUGCAUGAGUAUCUCUACAACACCCUCCCAGAGCACGAAUCUCGCAUCUUGAGCAAUGUCGAGGUGACUGGGAUCGAAACCACUGCAGAUGGUGUCAAAGUCAGCUGCAAGGACGGCAGCGUCCAUGAAGGCUCCAUCGUUGUCGGCACAGAUGGCGUCAACAGCUCGGUCAGGAAACAUAUGGCCAAGAGUCAAGGGGAUGCAGAGCCAUUCACGACGUCUUACCGAGCGCUGUAUGGCUGCUCAAGUUGGACAAAAGGUCUCGAUUCUCAGACGUUGUACGAGAUGCACGGAGACAAGACCUCAAUUCAGGUCAUCCCUGGUCCCGAAAUGGCCAUGUUUGUUGUUUACGAGCGUCUGCCAACAACGAUCAAGGGCAGCAAACGCUACUCAGAGGACGAAAAAGCUGAAUUUGCAAAAUCAGUGGAGGAUAUAAGUGUUUCCGAGAAUGUCAAGUUCGGCGACAUCUGGUCUCAGACUUCAUGGUCUUACUUUUCCGGACUUGAGGAAGGCGUCGCGCCAAGUUGGUACGGCGAACGCACCGUGCUGAUUGGAGACACGGUGCACAAGAUGACACCCAACGUCGGUCUAGGACUCAACAGUGGAUGGCAGUCUGCUGCAGUUCUAACAAACGGCCUGCAUGAGCUGCUGACGAAAACCGCCGAACCGAGCAAUGAUGCGCUCACCCAGGUCUUCAAGGACUACCAGGGAAUAAGGAAGAAGAAUGCUUCAGAUAUGAAUGGGAUCUCAGGACUUUAUACGCGAGUAGUGGCGUGGGACAACCCGCUGUGGAAACUCGCGGACCAAUACAUCACCCCCUACAUUGGAGGUGACUGCGCUUUGCUCGACCUCCUCCUUAUUCCCCUGGUGGCCAAGCAAGGCAACACCCUUUCAUUUGCAGACGAGAACCACUACAAGGUUGGGAAGACGCCUUGGAAGAACGGUCAGACAAUAGCUCUGAAAGAUGUCAAGGUGGCAGCAUAA